AUGGUGAAUUCCCCAGCUGAAUUGAAGAACAGGGUAUUGCUAGACUUAAGUAACAAUUAUAAUUCACAUAAAUGGUUGUGCGAAAGGGCAAAAAAUGAUACAGUAGCAAGGAUUAACCAUCAAUUAAUGAAUAAGAUUCCAACAUUCAUUAAGAAGUACAAAUCAGUUGAUUCAGUCCUUGAUGAAAAUCAAGCUAUCCAUUACUUAACAGAGUUCCUUAAUUCUCUUGAUUCACCAGGAAAUUAUCCACAUAAACUUUUUCUGAAGGUAGGAGUCCCAAUAAUGCUUCUAAGAAAUUUAGAUCCUCCUAAAUUAGGUAAUGAGAUGAGGUUGAUUGUGAAGACAUUGUCACCUAAUCUAACAGAAGCUAUCAUCAUCCCUGGAUGUUCCUCUGGGGAAGAGGUCUUCAUUCCAAGAAUUCCAAUCAAACCAACAUACUAUUUGAGUUCAAACGAACACAAUUCCCAAUGCGACUUUGCCUUGCAAUGUCUAUUAAAAAAGCUUAAGGCCAGUCUUUGA